AAUACAUAGAAAGUUGAAAAUUUACCUUCUUAUUAUUUUUAAGCACAGCUAAGAGAAAGCAUUUUUAGGCAGUACUCUUCUCAGGUACUUUUUAUUACGUAAAAAUCUUUACCGAUAGUCAGAUAAGGGAGAUCUCUGUGGCGCAGCGGUAGUACGCUUGUCUGUGACACCGGAGGUCCCGGGUUCGAAUCCCGGCCAGAGCAUUAUGAAUAAAGAACGUUUUCUGAUUGACCUGGGUCUUGGAUGUUUAUCUAUAUAAUUAUGAUUAUAAAAUAUAGUAUCGUUGAGUUAUUAUCUCGUAACACAAGUCUCGAACUUACUUCGAGGCUUACUCAAUCUGUGUAAUUUGUUCUGUAUUUAUUUAAUUAUCCAUUAAAAUAGUAAUCAACUACGAAAACAAUUACAUAAUCUAGAAUUCAAACAUAAAAGACAUGGCAACAAUCCUGUUCAAACAUAUAAUGUCAAAUCACAGUACCUAGGAACCGAAAAUUGUUUGAUCAAUAACAGUUAGCAACCGCCAUGGCGGGUAAAGGGAAGAAAAAAGAUGAGGGGGGUGAAAAGAAAGCUAAAAAAGGUAAAGGAAGGAAAGGAAAGUCUAAGGGAUGCCACGUUGACAUGUUGACAGAAGCCGCUAUGAACAAUGUGUACUAUGCUUGUCAUAAUGUACAGGAGUUACUGCAAGCGAGAGGGUUCUGUCCACCAGAUUUCAAUAAGAAGAAGAAGAAAGGCAAGCGAUGAAUUGUUAACAUGUGUAGUGAAUUGAAAGUAAUAAUAGAUAAUAAA